CUCUCUCUCACAAGCUACAAUAACUGAGUAGUGCGUAGUAGAUCAUGCCAUGUCUUCUAGAUUCUCCGCUUCACAAUUUUCCCUCACUUUCUCUCGCGUCUGCUAAAUGUUUUCUAGCCUUCCAAACAAGGCAUUCUCGAAUUUUCUCGGUCUACCGACGGCUCGUUUUUCUACUAUUCGGAUCGAUUUGAAACUAGAGCUGAAGAAGUUGCUGCGUUUGGUUUCUCAAUUCUCAGAUCGUAGGGAAAUUUCCUGAAGUUUCUUCAAGAUCGAUGAUCAUGUCAAUGAGGACUAGGUUCCGUGAAUGCAGGAGGUGUUUCGAUUUUUCAGGUUUUAGGUUGAGUUGUGUGAAUUUCGUGGAGUUUUCCGCGGGUGAAGGGUUUUAGGAGCUUUGCUCGGAAUUCUGUUUAUGUCGAGUAACGGAAGGAUGGCUUCGGAUCUUAGCCGGACUGGUCCAGUGGAGAGAGAUAUUGAGCAGGCCAUCACUGCCCUAAAAAAGGGAGCUUACUUGCUUAAGUACGGAAGACGGGGAAAGCCUAAGUUCUGUCCAUUUCAACUUUCUAAUGAUGAAACUGUUUUGAUCUGGUUCUCUGGAAAGGAGGAGAAACAUCUUAAGCUGUUCCAAGUUUCUAGAAUCAUAUCUGGCCAGCGCACUCCUAUUUUUCAGAGGUAUCCACGUCCCGAGAAGGAAUAUCAGUCAUUUUCUCUGAUAUAUAACGAGAGGUCAUUGGAUUUGAUCUGCAAGGAUAAAGAUGAGGCUGAGGUGUGGUUUAGUGGUCUGAAAGCCUUGAUUUCACGCUUCCAUCAACGGAGAUGGAGAACAGAAUCGAGAAGUGAUGGCACACCAUCUGAAGCUAAUAGCCCAAGAACAUAUACCAGGCGAAGCUCCCCUUUGCAUUCUCCAUUUAGUAGCAAUGAGAGUUUUCAGAAGGGUGGUUCUAAUCACCAUCUUCAUAGUCCAUACGGGAGUCCCCCUAAGAAUGGUCUUGACAAAACAUUUUCAGACGUGACAUUAUAUGCUGUUCCUCCAAAGGGAUUUUUUCCUUCGGACUCUGCGGCAGUUUCAGUUCACUCUUUGCCAUCUCCAGGGCCGGACUGCGUGCAUGGUCAUAUGAAGGGCAUGAGCAUGGAUGCUUUUAGAGUUAGUCUGUCAAGUGCAAUUAGUUCCUCGAGCCAUGGUUCUGGUAAUGAUGAAGGAGAUGCAUUGGGAGAUGUUUUCAUCUGGGGAGAAGGCAUAGGGGAAGGUGUUUUGGGAGGUGGAAACCGUAGAAUUGGAAGUUCCUUUGACAUCAUAAUGGAUUCCUUAGUGCCAAAAGCUUUAGAAUCUACAAUAGUACUUGACGUCCAAAAUAUUGCUUGUGGUGGACAGCACACUGUCCUUGUGACAAAACAAGGAGAAAUUUUCUCUUGGGGAGAGGAAUUUGGAGGCAGGCUAGGCCAUGGUGUUGAUUCCGAUGUUCAACAUCCAAAACUCAUUGAUGCACUCGGUAACACAAAUAUCGAACUUGUGGCAUGUGGCGAAUACCAUAGUUGUGCAGUUACCCUAUCGGGAGAUUUGUAUACCUGGGGUAAAGGGGAUUUUGGUGUUCUUGGACAUGGAAAUGAAGUAAGUCACUGGUUCCCAAAAAGAGUAAAUUUCCUGUUGGAGGGCAUACAUGUAUCCUCCAUUGCUUGUGGGCCUUACCACACAGCUGUUGUUACCUCUGCUGGACAGUUGUUUACUUUUGGUGAUGGGACCUUCGGUGUAUUGGGCCACGGAGACAGAAAAAGUGUGUCCGUACCUAGAGAGGUCGAAUCUUUGAAAGGUCUCCGUACUGUCCGUGCAGCCUGUGGUGUAUGGCACACAGCGGCGGUUGUUGAAGUCAUGAUUGGGAGCUCAAGCUCCAGUAACUGCUCUUCAGGGAAGCUCUUUACAUGGGGUGAUGGUGAUAAGGGUCGUCUUGGCCACGGCGACAAAGAACAGAGACUCAAGCCUACCUGUGUUGCCGCCCUUGUCGAGCCCAAUUUUUGCCAAGUUGCCUGUGGACACAGUCUGACAGUCGCACUUACAACAUCGGGCCACGUAUAUACUAUGGGCAGUCCUGUUUAUGGUCAGCUUGGAAAUCCACAUGCAGAUGGAAAGGUUCCAACCCGUGUUGAAGGCAAACUUCACAAGAGUUUCGUGGAAGAGAUUGCCUGUGGUGCUUAUCAUAUUGCAGUGUUAACUUCGAGAACCGAGGUUUACUCUUGGGGAAAGGGAUCGAAUGGUAGAUUAGGUCAUGGGGAUGUAGAGGAUAGAAAUACCCCGACAUUGGUGGAUGCACUGAAGGAUAAACAAGUGAAAAGUAUUGCCUGUGGCACUAAUUUCACCGCAGCUGUCUGCCUUCACAAGUGGGCGUUGGGGAUGGACCAGUCAUCGUGCUCGGGUUGUCGCCAGCCUUUCAAUUUCAAGAGAAAGCGGCACAACUGCUAUAACUGUGGACUAGUAUUUUGCCACUCAUGCAGCAGUAAAAAGUCUCUGAAGGCUUCUAUGGCACCGAAUCCGAACAAACCAUAUCGGGUGUGUGACAAGUGUUUUAACAAAUUAAAGAAGGCUAUGGAAACUGAUCCAUCAUCUCAUUCUUCUCUGAGUAGAAGAGGAAGCAUCAACCAAGGAUCAGAUUCUAUUGACAAAGAUCAGAAGUUGGAUUCUAGAUCCGAUGGACAGUUGGCUAGAUUUUCGUCGUUGGAGUCCAUGAGGCAAGUGAAUGGUCGGUCUAAGAAGAACAAGAAGUACGAAUUCAAUAGCAGUCGUGUCUCUCCAAUUCCGAGCGGAUGCUCUCAAAGAGGUGCACUAAACAUAUCCAAGUCCUUCAAUCCGGUGUUUGGAUCCUCGAAGAAGUUCUUCUCAGCUUCUGUUCCUGGUUCUCGAAUUGUGUCGCGGGCAACUUCUCCGAUAUCAAGACGUCCUAGCCCACCUCGCUCAACGACACCAACUCCCACUCUCAGUGGACUAACCACACCUAAAUUUGUCGUGGAUGAUGCUAAGAGAACCAAUGAUAGCCUCAGUCAAGAGAUUGUUAAGCUACGAGCCCAGGUUGAAAAUCUAACGCGGAAGGCAGAGCUUCAAGAAUCCGAGCUUGAAAGAACGGCGAAACAACUAAAAGAAGCAUUAGCAAUCGCUAGCGAAGAAACAGCGAGAUGCAAGGCGGCAAAAGAAGUCAUAAAAUCACUUACCGCUCAGUUAAAAGACAUGGCUGAAAGAUUACCCGUAGUAUCUGCUCGGACCAUCAAGUCUCCUUCCUUGGGUUCGUUUGGCUCAAGCCCUUCUAACUCUAUCUUAGACCGACCAAGUAGCCAACCGACAUUCCAAGAACCCGAGCCAGAUGGGCCAGACCCCACAUCGUUUUCCAACGGAAGCAGCACACCCGAGGCAAGUUACCGGCAUCAAGGGAAUCCCGAAAAAACGAAUAGAGCCGGAAACCACCGAGCAAAGGAGAGCGAAGCGAACGAAUGGGUCGAACAAGAUGAGCCCGGAGUGUACAUCACUCUCACCGCCUUACCCGGAGGGGCAAGGGAUCUCAAGCGUGUUCGUUUCAGUCGGAAGAGGUUUAGCGAGAAACAAGCGGAGCAAUGGUGGGCAGAGAAUAGAGGAAGAGUAUACGAGCAAUACAAUGUACGUAUGGUUGAUAAAUCCAGUGUGGGUGUAGGAAGUGAAGAUAAUAUGCCUCAUUGAAUUUUUUUUAUUUUUUAUUUUUACCGAAAUCGGAUUUUUCGCCUCUCGUAUAUAUUUUCCUCGUCAAAAUAUUUUCCUACCAUUUUGGUUUUCGAUUAGGCCUUUUGUUUUUUCUUGUUCGUCUUCUUUGGGUUAGAAUGUGCUUUUUGGUGUGUGUUUUGGUUUGGGAAUUUAGAGAAAUUGUAGAUUCCUUUGUGGGUAACAAAAACUGUAUACUCUAUAAAGCACUGCUCCCUUUACAAUUUUAUCAAUCUCCAAUAAAAUUCGUAACUUCUGGUUUC